AGUUACCACGCCGGUUAGCACCUGGCCGGCCGUGCCGCCAUCGGCCGCAUUUGGGGUCGUUCCUGCGCGGAUGGCGGGGCGAUAAUGGAGGCCCCGGACAUCGCGCCGCUGAUCAGUGAAGCAAAGGCUGCGCAAGCAUGGCGCCGCUUCCUGAGCACCGUCCUCGGGGGCGGCAGGAUGCUGCCAGGCAUGCCUCUAAAGAUCUACCUGUUUCAGGCCUUGGUCUGGCUCUUGCCGGUGUUCAGUUCGGCGCCCAUCGCCUUCCUGGGCUCCGACACCUGGCACAGGUUCAGCCUGGGCGCCGCAGCGAGCUUGCUCACCAGCACCUGCCUGGAGCUCCUUCGCAGCGUCCUCUCUCGGACCACAGAGCCAGGUAUCAAGGCCGCUUGGUUCGUGGACGACGAGGAGCUGGACUUUUCGGGCCUCUCCCCCCAGGUCAUGCGGCAGCUGAUCCCACGAAGGUCAUGGCUUUGCUGGGUCGGCGCCUGCAUGGUCUCGGCUUUUCUUUGUGCCACCUGCGCGGCGGUCUUGGCGCCGAUUUCGCUGGCGGAAUCGCUGGACGAGACCUCUGCGCCAGUGGUGGCCUGUUGGGUCUUCCUUACUGCAGGAGUGGCGCACUUCGGGCUCUAUGCUUCCCCUCCGCCGGAGGUGAGCGGUAGUGACGACGCCUUCAGUCGACCGCUGCUGGUGCUGCUGAUGCUGGCGCCGCUACUGUUGCAGCCGCCCAUAGCUUUGGCGCAGGGGCUGGUGGUGGCAGUGUCGCUGCUGCCGCUGUGCUGGGCGCUGGGGUUGCUGCCCUCGCUGCCUGAGCUCCUUCUUUGGGCCCUUGAGCAGGCGGAGCUUCUGCUGGGCGGCAGCUGGCCCCCGCGGCUGCUCUUGAGCCUGGCCCUCGCGCUGGGCGCGGCGGCAGGCUGCUCACAGCUCUCUCAGCCAGCCUCAGCGGUGGCGGGACUCGGCGCGGCGGCGGCGCUGGUGCUGCUGCCGGAGCUCUCCUUUUCCAGCGGCUUCGCCAGCUCGGCCUGCGAGCUGCUGCCGCAGGUGCUGGUCGCUGCUUUGGUUGCUGUGCCAAUUUGCCAUUUCGAGCCGCUGUCUUCCGCGGAGCUGCUGGUCUUGCGUGUCUCCCUGGAGCAGGGGGCACUGCUGCUGACACUGCUGGCCCGCAUUUUAGGCCGGUGCCGGGCGGUGUCGCCCUUGGAAGGCUCUGCGAAGCAGUGUCGCGUCCCAGUGAGCAACCUGCUGGAGCAGACUCUGGCGCGGAACUGCCCAAGCAUCGGCCGCCCCUGCGCGGACCGCAGAGGCACCGUCGUGCGCACGGCCCUGCUAGCUGCAGCAAGGAUUCUGAUGCUCGUGGACUUGGCUGUGGCCUUUCCAGUUCUGACCCGAGACGCCGGCGACGUGGCGCCUUACGACUUGGGCCACGCGGUGCUGUGCCUACUGCAGCUGCGCGCCCUGCGGGUGGCCAUGGUACAAACGCCGCGGGCGGCCCUAGACAUGGCGCUGGCGGCGCUUCAGCUCCUGUCCGCGGAUGCCUGGCCCAUGGGCGUGGCGAUCUUCGCAGUCUCUGUGGCCAGGCAGCGUGCCGGCCUCCUGGUGGCCUCAAUAGGAUACGUGGCGCAUUUGUGCCGCAUCACCUUGGCCACCCCGAAGCUGCGGCAUCCCGUGACGAAGAUGCUCGUGGCGGUAGAUGUGUUGCUGUGGCCGGGGCUGCUGCUCGUGCUUCUUCUUUCAGCGGUUCUGGAGUCCCCAGUCAUCAGCGUCUUCUCGCUGCCACUCUUCACCCUCAGCCCGCCCAGGCCGCGCUCGGCCUCAGAGCCCUUUACCAAGGGCGCCGAGGGCCUUUUCUACGAAAUUCUGGGGCCCUCGCUGCUGAGAGCUCUCAGGGGGCCCUGGCGCCAGGGCCUGCUGAGCGCCCAGCCUGGGGCGCUCUUCUUCUGCAGGAGUCACGAGCGCCUCGCUUGCGUGCUGCGGGUUGUGGCCAGGGGUUUCGGCUGUGUACAGCUAGAGCUUCGCGGCCUGGAGCUGCAGGAGCCCACAAGCUGCCACCACGUGGAGGCGGGCAAGAUCGAUGAGGCCUUUGCGGCAGCCUUCGAUGGGAGGC